AUGGCCCGCCCGUUUCUGAAGGCACGUACGUCUCUUGGCUUCUUCAUUGCUUGCUCCCCUUCGUUGCUCGAUAUGCGAGGCCACGCUAUUCUACUCGCUUUCGCUAGCACCCUCCUGUCUCCAACGACAGCGGACCCCAUCGCCCUCGCCAUCGUCAUGCCAACAGAGAGCGCAAGUCUCCCGCUCGGCAGGUUGAAAAGCAGCGGCCCGCUAGACCAACAGCGGUCUGGAGUCCCGACCCCGAGGCAGGUCAUCUCAGAGGGCACAGGAAAGGAAACGUGCGGGUUCUUCAGAACAGGGGGAGAGCCUCGCGUCGAAUACGUGGCCGACCUUUAUCACGGACCCGCUACCACCGUUAUCAUCAACAUCGUCAUCGUCGUCUUCUUCGCCUUCGGCUACGUCCAGGCCCCAGAUCGCGUCUGCGAAACCCUGCGCUACCCCGACGACCGCUACACCCUCGGCGUCUUCGACGAGUAG